AUGAAGAUUUCUACCCCCGAUGAGAACGAUGCGCUCUGGUCAGCGAUAUUCAUCAAGGCGGGCUCUUUGCCUUACAGAUCAAUGGAUAAGGUCGGUCUCGAUACCAUUGCCCUCAUCGAAGAGCACUAUAUUGCUGAGAGAGGCUUCUUUCCUACCAAAACCAUCGACUUCAUCUAUUCCAAAUAUUUAGCCAGGGGAAAACUCGGCAACAAAAGCUCCAAAGGUGGCCUCUACCCUCCAGUCACUGCCGAGCACACGCAACAGCCAAAUGAUCGCAGUCUCCGUGUUCUCGACAUUGGCCUAUCGGCGAAAGAGCCUAGCUACACAGCUGGCCAGGUGCUUCAACUUUCGCUCGAUGGUAAGAUUCAAAGAGUCCUUGCUACCAGCCAAUUUCUCCCCGGUGGAGUUGCUGUUGACACGACUGCCAGGCGCAUGUUUUGGACCAACAUGGGUGUUCCCGGCAAGAACGUAGAUGCCCAGAAGAUCUACUUCUGCGACCGCAAAGGCCUCCGCAUGGUCCGCUGCGACUACGACGGAUCUGCCUUUGAAGUGCUCGUCCAGACUGGCGAUGACAAAGACACCCAGGAUAGCCUCAAAUAG